AUGAAUCCUUUACCCAAAGACUAUCAAUUCACCUAUCCAGAGCUAGAUUAUAGCUCCAAACCAAACAUCCAACAUGCAAUCAAGGUUUCAGUCUUCUUUCGCAAACUUGACAGAAUUUCACACGCGGACUUCUUUCGGCACUGGGAGACCGUCCACGCAGAUUUGGCCGUCGCUACCAAGGCCUUCCAGAAUUAUAUUCUCCGAUACGCCCAGCACCACCAAACCCCUGAGAUGAAGAAACGCGCAACAAGCCUUGGAGAACACGUCCUUGAGUACGAUGCCUGCGCACAGCUAUGGGUGCGCACUUGGGACGACUGGUUGGCCUUCUACAACAGUCCCGAGUAUGCAGCUGCGCUAAGCGACGAUUGCAACCGAUUCAUGGCCUUGCCAAUGACAUAUAUGGUUGGUUAUGAAAAUUUAGUCGUGGGCGACGCUUCAGUGGUGCUUGGUGGCUCGGAUGGAUUGCCGGCAAAGCCGGCGAACAAUGCCACAAAAGAUUGA